AUGUCUAGUAUUAUAUUGGAAACGUUGAGUAGCAAGCACUUAAUUGCUUUUUCAUUGCUUAUGUUAGCGGCACAAAUCUCAUUCAUUUUCAUUGGGUUAAAAGCUCCAUCACCAACGAAAGCCUAUAAAUUUACUGCAACGACGUGUAAAGCCCACGAUAAAGGAAGAUUAAAGCAAUGGUACGAUCCGGAUCAAUGCCAAGAAAUUGAUAUCCGUAAUAUUCCAAGUAAUAUUCCUGCCGAUGAGAUCGUCUUUACCGUUCGUAUUCCUAAUGGACAUCCUCAAAUAUCAAGAUGGAAUCAAUAUCUAUUAGUAUUGAUGAACGUAGAUGUUGAAUACGAUAAAUUGCGCCCAAAUGAUUCAAAAUCUAAUAUAUCUUAUAAUGUCCGACUGGGAUAUACGAACAAUUUAAAGACAUCAUGGAGUUUAAUAGCGAAAGCAGACGAAACAAGGCCUUUGCAUUGUAGUAAGCUACAAAGUGAGUACAGAAUAGAUAUCGCUAAUAUAUACAGCUUUACACAGGGAAUACUGCAACAAGGAGCUUUCACGGAAAUUUGGUUAAUUAUCAAAUCUGUUGCUACACUAUUUAUUAUCCCCAUUGUCAUCAAAUUUAGAAUUAGCAUUUAUAAAAAUCGGCAACCGCAGCUAUUUGAGAGAAUGCUUUACGCUCUUGGCAUAUCCGCUAUUAUAGUUGAUUGUAAGUGUUUGGAAAUUUAG